AUGAGCAACGCUUUGAUCGAAAGGGCGGUUGAUGUCCACCGAGGCAUCCCUGAUUGGAUUGAGAUUGUCUACAGCAAGACAGAUUGCUUAAUGGCUGUGGGAAUGGAGGAAGAGUCAGCGUUGUCAGAGACCAAUACACGCCAACUAAAUCGGCUUUUGAGAGGCUUGGAGCAAGCUGAAGGCCCCCCUUUUCAUCCCAACACCGAAGAAGACAAUACAAAUCGCGCUGUUCACCUUGCCGGUUUGGUAGUCAUCAACCCCAAUACUGGGAGGAAAGCUGCUCUUGCCUACAUUAUGAGACUUGCUGGAUUUCCUGAAUCAAGUUGUGGUCCUGGAAAAAACUACGUUCGUGUCUCUCGUCGAUUGGCUGCACUGAAAAAGAAGAAACCGCCGCCUGCCGCUGCGAAUAAAGCACCGGUCAAGGACACUAGUGCUGCCGCUCCGAUGCGUCCACCAGUUGCUCCGAUGCGUCCACCAGUUGCUCCGUAUGCAUCCAAGAGGCCAGUCCAAGAAAUUCGAUUGGACGAUGAUGAUUCUAAUUAUCCACCGAGUGCGCUGUCUCCCUUGUCAUCUACCUCUUCACCUGCUCCAGCUCCAGCAAGAAAUCGCAAGGGAAACCAUGCGUCUGUUGUCCAUGAUGAUGAGGGCUUUGAGUAUUACAAUACCCCGCCUAUCUUUGAUUAUUCAGAGACGCUGCCUCCACCCUUGUUGAGUCCAGUUUCUGGUUCAUCAUCCUGCGGAUCAACCAAUACGUCCUACAAAGAUGCUAAACAUCGCCCAAAGAAUAUUAAUAGUGCUAUCUCGCACCUGACAACGUCACAGCUCCACAGGCGGACCACACAGGCGGCUCAAGCCGAAAGGCAAACGGAUCGCGAAUUGGACAACAUCCGCAAGUCGAUGUACAAGGCCAGCACUGUGAUCUACAAAUCGGUAACAACAAAGGAGAACACAUUGCAGAUCUUCAAAUCAGCGGAAGCAGUGGCCAAUGCGCUCAACAAUCUCAUUGGCAUUGAUGUUCUUUCCGGGAGGGAGCUAGCCGAAGGCAUCCGGAAGGGUAGAGUCAAUCAAUCCCCGCCACGUCUUGGCCGGAAGGGAGAGAUUCGAGCGGAUAUAUUCAAAGCAUUCUGCAGUGCUGUUUUUACUCUCUGUGCUAUUGAACAAGCGAACUGUCAAGAAAGGAUGAACCGAGAGCAGUUGAAAAGCUCUGUGGGAGAGGUCCUCAACGAAAUGAGACAACGCAAUGGGCUUGAUACAAUGAACGAUGCCAAAUUUUAUGGUCGUAUUGAAAAGGAAAUAAGCCAUUUACAAGACCUUGAGAAGGCUGAUACUCGAGAGUCCCUUCGAGUGCUGUGGUUGACCUAUCAAGCCCAGCUGAAGCAUUACAUGAAUUGGGAGGAGACGUCUGUCGAGCUUGGUUUUGCGAGAGAGCUGCUGCCAACAGAGUCCCCAGAGGACAAUGGCUACAUUGUUUGGAAAGAAGAAGCCCUUCACCGCGUGCUACAGUUCGAUGAGAUGAACAUUGCUCUUGAUGGAACUGAUGAUUCGAUUGGUGGCAGGCAGUCGAGGAUUCCAACGUCGAAAGGGAUGGGCAAUGCUGGGAAGGCAGCUGAAAAGAGUGGUGCCUCCAUGACGCUUAUGUUUGGCAUGAACUUUGCGAACGAAGCUUUGCCUCCAUUGUUCAUUUUCCCUACGAAAUCGAAAGACCCAACCAACUACAAGCACCGAGUUGACUUUGCUGCUUCCCUUCCCCAGAUUGAAGCACGCUGA